GCUGCAAUAUCUGCGCCUGCCCUAUCCUGGGCCACGCUUAGAGAACCAGCUAGAGGCUCAGCACAGGACAACACACAGUAUGAGACACUUACAGAGACUUCAGCAGCUCACGCUCCGUGCCUUCAGCACGACGACCAGGCAGAUGAGGAACACGGUCCCAGAGCAGCAGAGGAUAUUCCAGGCGGAUAAUGGCCUUCCCGUUCACAUCAAGGGAGGGACUGUUGAUGUCAUUCUCUACCGUAUCACCAUGACAAUCACCCUAGCAGGAACAGCAUACUCCUUGUACUGUCUUCUUACUGCCUGCUACCCGAAGAAAAAGUAGGCAAAAAGAAAGAAGGAAAACCUGCUUAACGUUAUAACACAAACCACUGUGUGGCCUUUCAGUGUAAUUAUCACUUUGUAUUGAUGAAAUAAAGCUUGAAAAAAUUAACUCAA